UACUAUUUUGCACUGACUUUGAUUAAACCUUCUCUUUAGGCUGGUGUCUUUGUUUGCGUAACCGGACGCCUUGAAUCUUCAUAUCGGAGACGAUAACAAUGGCGUCGCUUCUUACGACGGGGCUUAUACAAUCUCAUCAUCUCUCUUCGAGAACCCAUCGAGUCAAGCUCUUAUCUUGCUCCACAGAUUUGCCCACUCCGCCAAUCACUUGGAAGUUGAUCAAGGAAUCAAAGCUUUCUAGAGAUUCCAGUCGAAAGAUCAAAGUCGUAGACUAUGCUCCACUCAUCGAAAGCUUAAACCGAAGAAGAUUGCCUGAUGAAGCUCAUGAGAUUUUCAUCCAAAUGAAAUCAGACAACUUGCUGCCUAACUACAGAACACUCUCCGCUCUUAUGCUCUGCUUUGCUCAAAACGGUUCUGUCCUUCGAUCGCGUGCCAUCUGGGAGGAGAUUCUAAACAGCUCUUUCGUCCCUGAUCUCCUUGUCAUCUCAAAGCUCAUGUCUGCUUACGAGCAGAUUGGUUGUUUUAGUGAAAUUUUCAAAAUCACCAGGGACAUAAGUGCAAGACAUCCUAAGCUGCUUCCCGUCGUAUCCUCACUUGCUAUUUGCUGUUUUGGAAAGAACGGUCAGUUGGAAUUGAUGGAGGAUGCUAUAGAUGAAUUGGAUUCAAAUGAGAUCUCCUUAGACUCCGCCACUGCUAACGCAGUUGUCAGAUACUAUAGCGUUUUUGGUACUCUAGAGAAGAUGGAGCAGGCUUAUAGCCGGCUUAAGAAGUCUGGUGUUGUGAUAGAGGAAGGAGAGAUAAGAGCUGUGUUGUUAGCAUACUUAAAACAAAGGAAGUUUUAUCGGCUUCGUGAGUUUUGUUCAGACGUUGGUCUUGGUAGGAGAGACCUGGGGAAUAUGUUAUGGAACUCUGUGUUACUGUCGUAUGCAGCUGACUUUAAGAUGAAAAGCUUGCAGAGAGAGUUCAUUGAGAUGCGUGGCGCUGGUGUCUCUCCUGACCUUACCACAUUUAACAUCCGUGCUCUUGCGUUUUCUAGGUUGGCUCUUUUCUGGGAUCUGCAUCUUACGCUUGAACAUAUGAGAGUUUUUGACAUUGUUCCGGAUCUGGUGACUUUUGGAUGUGUGGUCGAUGCGUACAUGGAUAAGAGGCUAGCGAGGAAUUUGGAAUUUGUAUACAACCGAAUGAACCUGGACGACUAUCCUGUUGUUUUAACUGAUCCACUUGUCUUUGAAGUACUGGGGAAAGGAGAUUUCCAUCUUAGCUCAGAAGCUGUUUUGGAGUUUGGUCAACGGAGAAACUGGACGUAUAGAAAGCUAAUUGGAGUUUAUCUCAAAAAGAAGUUGCGAAGAGACCAGAUUUUCUGGAAUUACUAGCCACCUGACGUGCCACCUCUUUGCCGCAGCGUGAUAAACUUAUCAGAUGCUUAAAACACUGAGGUUAGAGAGUGAUUGUGCAACUAGAUUUUGUUAAAUGGUGUUGUAUAUGCAGUGUGUUUUAUUUAUAUUUUUGUUUGGUGUGGACAGUUAGUUUAGCAUGUCUGUGAAGCCACACUUAUUGGUUACAAAGCUAUCCUUGUUGCAAUAUAUUAUUGUGUUUCCGACACCCUGAUAGGUAAUUCGAAGAGGCCAAAUGAACUGCUGAUAUGGACAAGAAAUAAAGAGAUAGACUCUGGUGGACUUGGAAGGUUUUCGGUUGAAGAAGAAUCACGACGAAGGCCUAGAUAUAAAUAGAGUUCUUCUUCAUUUGUUCUUCAUGCUUUGAAUGUUGUUGUAGAAAGACCCUAUGAGUCUUCUCUCUCAGUCGCCAUGAGAAUGAUGAUUCAUGUUAUGUUCGCCAUGAGAGUGUAGCUUCGAAGCUGUAUCGUUUUCUUAUUGAAUUGCUAGUUCCGUGAGUUAGAGA